AUGCGGGGCGGGUCUGAAUCGUGGCGGGUUCGGGGUCGGGUUCAGGAUAACCCCGCCCCUACCCGCCCCGGAGUACAUAUAUAUAUAUAUAACUUUUUAGCAAUUAGGGUUAGUAGGUUAAGGUUCUCACCCACCGUCACUGAACUCCCAGUCUCCCACUCUCCCAGUCCCAACCCUCGUUGUCUCUUCCACGCCUCCUUCAAGGUUCAAGCCGCAUGUCGCUCCUCCUCCGCGCCGCCUCUCAGUCCCACAUUCUCUGCGCUCCCUCCGGCCUCCAAGUCGCGCACUAGACGAGCCACCCCCGUGCCUCCUCUGCAUCGUAAUCGAGCCUCGUCUGGCUCCUCCUCUGCGCCGCCUCUCAGUCCCACAUGCUCGUGUAUGGAGUUCAUGGCACAGUGCAACUCACGCAAGGCGAGGGAAUCAAACCCUGCGUGCCAGGUGGAGGUGAAGCGCCGAACCGAUGAACACCCGCCGCAGAUCACGGUGACCUUCGUGAACGGCGUCGAGCAAGCCUUCGAUGCGACCUCAACCCCUGCACAGAUCAUAAGGACCAUGAUUCUUGAAAAAGGCCAAACCCUAGAGACCGAGCAGAUGUUCCGAGAAGCUGGUGAGUCAUGGCCCGCCAUCAUUCCCAAAGAAGAGCUAUCUCAGCCCGCACCUGGCGUCAAUCCCAGGAAAGCAGAGGAGAAGAAGCAAUAGUCAUGUAUUGUUGAACCUACGAACAGCCAGAAAAUAUUCCAAUUUUCUCACACACUCUCUCAUUUCUUUUGGCGGGGAGAGUACA